CUCUGAGGUAACUCAUUAGUUGUAAAUGGAAAAAGUCUGAAAGUAGAAGAACUUCGCUGUAAUGCCUAAGAUGCAGUCUCGCGCCUGUUCGGACCGUGAAUUUACCUCAUUUGUACACUUUUACGUGACGUCACAGGUGGAGGUCAUUAAAGCCUGAACCUUCAGCUGGGUACAUGACCUGAACACGCCUGAUAAUUUCAGGCAGCGCCUUUUUUUAAUUCUCUGAAUGCUUCAAAUAUGAGUUACCUGUACUUUCUGACACUUACCAGCAGAUGUGCCUAAUUUGGAGAGCUGAAGCUGGUUCUGUUUGUGUUGCAUGGACCACUCAGCUGCACUGCCAAGGGGGAGAUGAAGAUGAUGAGUAUGAAUUAAAUUCGCCCUGUUAAUUCUGUCCCAAGAUGAGCCAGGGGGCAAACCUCGUCCUCCAGUGGCUCUCGAAGCUCCACCUGGCCCAGUACGUCGAGUCUUUCCUUGACAACGGCUACGACGACCUAGAAGUCUGCAAGCAGAUUGGAGAGCCGGAUCUGGACGCGAUCGGCGUCCAAGUCCAGUACCACAGGCACCGGCUCCUCUCAGCCGUGCAGGAGCUCAUAGAGGAGGACAGAAGGAGAGCACCUGGCUACUAUUUCACCUUGGAGCCUCUGGAGGCUUCUGCUCAUCACCAUGCUGACAGAGUGCGUGACCCCGGGUCGCUGAGGUCACACGCGCAGACCACGGCCGUACACCAGGCCUCCUGUCCCGGAAACCACAACCCGAGGUUCACAGACUGCAACGACUUUGUAACUUAUCCCAAGCUGAAGCUGAAGGUGCUGAUAAGAGACAAGCUGGCAAAAGAUGGAAUCAACCUGGGACAAGCACCUUACACCCACAAGGAUGGCUCUGUGGGGAACCUUGAUGACCUGGCCCAGGAGUACUCGCAGUACUACGGCACCUCCCUCAGCGACGUGUGCGAACGGAUGGAGGAGCUACGGAAACGCAAACUAGUGCAAGAGAUGGAGAUGGGAAAGGUUGACUCAGCGGCCGCGUCGCCACACCUCCGCUCUCAGCUCCAGGAAUCUCUUGGACUCAGCAGCGGCACAUCGACUCCGGAGACUGAGAGGAGGUUUCCUGUCCACAAAUCCAGCUCGGACGACGGAUCAGGAGGAAAAUGGGAUGCGAGGAAAAAGAGCAAGUCUUUAUGGCAGAGUUUCCGCAAGUCACAGAAGGGAGUGAUGCGCCAGACUUCAAAAGGUGACGAUGUUGGCUUCGUUGCCAGCGAGAUCACGAUGAGCGAUGAAGAGCGUAUUCAGCUGAUGAUGAUGGUGAAGGAGAAUAUGAUCUCGAUAGAGGAAGCGCUCGCACGGCUGAAGGAGUUCGAGACCCAGAGCAGACAGACGAGCCGAUGCGACACCCCCGAGUCCCUGGACCCCUCGGGGCCCGGUCCAAACGACUCGUUCAGCUGCACCCCUGUUGAGCAGUCUGACAAUGAGGAGGAAUCUCCGACAUUCAAAAGGCUCCACAAACUGGUCAACUCCACUCGGAAAGUGAAGAAGAAGCUGAUCAGAAUAGAUGAGUCCAAAAGGCUCGCAGCGGACGAGAGCCUGAGUGUAGAUGGUCUACCCUGUGGUGAGGGCAGCGUCUCCCAGCAUCCAGGUGUGCAGAGGAAACCCUUGGUUUGUCCCCUGGACUCCUUGGCUUCGGCUCUGCAGAAGCAGCUGGACUCCGACAGCCUGACCACAUCCCCGUCCUCCAGCAGUCUGGACACGUGCAGCAGCCAGAAGGCAGCGCAGGGCUGCGGGAGGAGCAGCGGGAGCCCCACUCACCAGGAGGCCGGUGUGGCGGAGGCCGGCGAGGGCUCCUCCUUCUCGGAAACGGAGGGGUGCGGCGAAGACGAGCCCAAAAUGGCGCGGUCGGUGACCGACGGAGAGCUCCGUCAUCGGGCUCUGGGCUUGCUUAGCCAUCAUGGAGUGAGUACUGAUGGUACUGGAGUACUGCAUCAUGUUGGUUAGAAUAUUCUGAUUGAUUUCUAAUAUACGGUAAUUGUAAUGUUCUGAUCUGCCGGUAUCAAUAUUUGGAAACUAAAUGUUGCUAGCAAUGCUUCCUGCAAUGAGUGAAAGGUACUGAUUUAAAAAGAGAGGCUACGUCACACGGUGUGAGAGUGAGCAAUGCAAAACAACGCAGAAGUAAAACCAGGUCGUAAUACUUCAAUUAGCACAGUUAGCAUCGCUAACUCUAGAAAUCAGU